AUGGUGUUGAUAAAAAGAGCUCAAAAAGAACUUGAAGUUGUCGAGGUUCAUGGAUCAAAGCGUUUGACCGGAGCUUUUCUACUUGCGGACGGCAUGAAGGAAAACAAGAAACUGGAAAAGCUUUGGCUUCUGGAGUGUCCAAAACUGUCGGGAGGAGCCUUGGUGUCACUGGUCGGUCAUUUGGCUAGAGCAUGCCACGAAGCUGGAACGGGGCCACUUUUGAAGUCCAUGCGUUUGUCUGGUUCGACGAAUGUAGAAGGUCGCCAUGUUCGUUUGCUGGAAAGGUUCAGGCUCUCUGAGGCACUGGAUGUUGCUCCAUGUCCUCAUUGUCCCAAGGCUGGUCAUGUCAUGAUGUGUGGUGUGUACUCCAUGCUUAAUGGCGAGGGAGCUCCUGCAGACGUUUUGGGGCAUGCCAUUGUCAGAGAUGGCGAGAUUGGUUGUGAGAACUGCCUGGUCCCAUGCUCCAUUUGCGCCGAGUACUUCUGCAGAGCCCACCUUUUCAGGCUUAAUUGUGGUCUACAAGAAAUUUGUUGCAAAUGUUGCACUCAGCAUUCUUGCAGUGUCUGUGACAUUUGA